AUGUCCGCCUCAAAUUACAAGGAAAAUCCUUCCAUGUCCAGCGACACCGCCUCUACCCAUUCCACCGUCUCCACCGCAACAACCCUCAAGGGCAGCGAGUCCCCAUCCAAGAAGAAGUGGUUCUCACUGAGCUCCGACAAGCCCGCCAACACGCAGCCGCAAUACGUCAAGAAGUCGGACGAGUGGAUCGCCAAGAGAGCCAUACAUAACGAGGCCAUUGCUAGCUACCUCAGCAUGCGCUAG